GAAGGAGAGUAAAACUGGCAGAGCCGUGUUAAAUAGGGGAGGGAGAAGGCGGUCGAGGAUUGUAAAAAGUGACAGUCGUCGGUCCAACUUUUCCCAGUCGCGAUCUUCACAGAGGGAUGACCAUGGAGUUCGAAAACGGCUUUUUUUUCAUCGCAACUCUUUCAGCUUUGGUCUUGAUUGCCGGGGUUGCUGGAGAAAACGCGACCGAGGCAGAUAAUCAGCCCAUGCCCACGGUUACUACUGCUAGGAACGUGGAAACCACGCCGCCGAAUAAUGCCAGCUCGGUUCUUGCCACAAGUGUUCAUCACCUUUUGGAUUUAUUACCAAUACCCGAGGAUUUAGGUAAAAGUUGUACCAAAAAAGAAGACUGUAAGAAUACCAAUUCGCGCUGUUUCAACGGAACCUGCCAGUGCUUAGAAAACAACGUUCUCGCAUCCAAUGGAAAAGAAUGCCUGGAAAUGGUAACCGAGUUCGGCGAGAAGUGCAGCGAGGACGUGCAAUGCUCUCCUCUGAAAGACACGUACGGCGAAGUCGUGUGCGUCAAUCUAUCCUGCAGAUGCGACCCGGUCCGUACAAAACUGUACAAAGAGGCCUGUCUCGAGCAAUCGCAUUUGGGAGGCAAGUGUAUACAGCACGAGUCCUGCAGCGUGAAAAACUCCGAAUGCGACCAAGAGGUCUGCGUCUGUUCUGACAACUACGUGCCAGAUGCCGACGGCAUGCGUUGUCUGCCAAUAUUGAAGGAAAUGAAUGCGACGUGCGAGAUGGACGCUCAGUGCAACUCUUAUUUGGGCGAUGGAGCUCUGUGCUUGCAGAACAAAUGCGCCUGCUUGAACUCAUUUCACUUCAAUGGCGACGUCUGCGUUGAGAACAAACCUCUGGGUUCUGACUGCAAGAAAGACGUUGAUUGUCUCAUACCUGUUGAUGUUGAACCUGGAAACAGAAGGACCUGCUUCAACGGCACCUGUUCCUGUCUUAAAAAUUUCAAGGAGUUGAAAAAAGACAACAUCUGCGAUAGUAAGUUUUAUCCCGUUCCAAGUUCAGCAGCCCGUUGGGAUAAUUUCUGGCUGACAACCCUGAUUCUUUCUCUGGUCAUCAACUUUCUCUAUAAGAUUCCUUCGAAGAACUGCGUUUGAACUAAAGGCGCUUUCUCAAAAUUCACGAAUUGACUACGAAAAAGUCUUAAGUUAAGAAAAUAUAGUUUAGAUUUAAAUUUACAAUUUCAAAAAAAAAAUAUUGUUCCUUCAGGAGAUUAAAACUGGAAAUUUUAUGUUAUGUUGUACGGUUAUAAUUUUUAAUAUAAUCUCAUUUAGGUUUUUAAGUACAUUAUAGGCUUUAUUUAUAAAAACAAAUAAAAUUUUUAAAAAAUAUUGAAUUUUUGUAGAAUAGAACAUGAAUUGAUGAAGUUGUGAAAGAAUACAAACACCUCACAAAGGCAAUAAAGCUCUAGACGUUAUAGCUAAGCAAGCUUCCGAAUAUACAAGCCUUUAGCAGAGGCACUUUCCAGGCUUCCCCGGUCGUGCUUCAGGGCAAUGCUGGAGAUAGAAAAUAUGGAGGACUGGGAAUCUUGUUCGACAAAAACCGGAAAUGGAAAUUACACAAAAACGUUCUUUCUAGGUGUAGCCAGCCAACGGACAAGCCCUUUGCCCAAGCAGUACUUCCACAAUGCUGUGUACAAAUAGAAAAAUAGCGCUAUUGUGUAGAAUUUGGGAGCAUAUUUUGUUUCACUAUUUUAACUUCGAAGCAAAGGUUGUACUCACUUCGUGCAAAUUCUGCUAGUAUUACCUGCCCUCUAGCCAGCCUAUCAGCGCUGAUAAAAAAA